AUGGAACUUCCACUGCUAAUGCAUCAUGCCCUCUUUGCACUAAGCUUUUGCUUCUCAAUCUUCACGGGAUAUUGUGAUUUUAUAUCUUUGAAAGAGAAUUCAGAUUCAUCUUCAUUUCCAGGCAACUUCCUUUUUGGAACUGCUUCUUCUUCAUAUCAGUUUGAAGGAGCUUUCUUGAGUGAUGGUAAGGGACUAAAUAACUGGGAUGUUUUCACUCAUAAGCCAGGCACUAUAAUGGAUGGAACAAAUGGUGAUAUUGCUGUUGAUCAUUACCAUCGUUAUCAGGAAGAUGCGGAUCUUAUGGAAUACACUGGAGUCAACAGCUAUCGCUUUUCACUAUCAUGGGCCAGAAUUCUACCAAAGGGUAGAUUUGGCAAAGUGAACAGAGCUGGCAUUGAUUACUAUAACAGGCUAAUUGAAGCACUUAUCAAUAGAGGAAUAGAACCCUUUGUCACAAUAACACACUAUGACAUUCCUCAGGAACUUGAGAACAGAUAUGAAGGUUGGCUAAGUCCUAAAAUUCAGGAGGAUUUCAGGUAUUAUGCUGAUAUAUGUUUCAAGUACUUUGGAGACAGAGUCAAAUACUGGGUCACCUUUAAUGAACCCAACGUUGCAAUUAACCUUGGUUAUAGAGAAGGGUUGUGGCCACCAUCCCGUUGCUCUGGCUCAUUUGGCCACUGCAGCUAUGGAGAUUCAGAGAGGGAGCCUUUCAUUGCAGCUUCUAACCUUAUGUUAUCCCAUGCAGCUGCCGUUGAUGUGUACAGAACAAAAUACCAGAAAAAUCAGGGAGGAAGAAUUGGAAUUGUUAUGAAUGCUAUAUGGUUUGAACCCUUCAGCAACUCCUCGGAGGACAAGUUAGCUGCUGAGCGAGCUCAAUCAUUUUACAUGAAUUGGUUUUUGGACCCAAUUAUACUAGGGAAGUAUCCAUCAGAAAUGCAUGAAAUAUUAGGACCUGAACUCCUAGCAUUUUCAAGAUAUGAUCUGGAAAAACUCAAGACCGGGUUAGAUUUCAUUGGAGUAAAUCACUAUACAAGUGCUUAUGUAAAAGACUGCAUCUUCUCUGCAUGUGAACCAGGACGAGGGUCUUCAAGGACAGAAGGUUUUGCUCUAACAUCACCACAAAUGAAUGGCGUAAGCAUUGGAGAACAGACUGCACUUGACUGGUUGUAUAUUCACCCACAAGGUAUGGAGAAGAUAGUGACUUACAUAAAGCACAGGUACAACAAUAUUCCAAUGUUCAUUACAGAAAAUGGACUCGGGACAAGGGAGAAUUCUAACCACAACACUAAAGACAUAAUCAAUGAUGUCAAAAGAGUUGAGUACUUGAGUGGUUACUUGGAUUCACUUGCAACAGCAAUAAGGAAAGGAGCAGAUGUGAGAGGGCACUUUGUGUGGUCCCUGCUUGAUAACUUUGAGUGGACUUAUGGAUACACUAUAAGGUUUGGACUUCAUCAUGUGGACUAUGCCAAUCUCAAUAGAACCCGAAAACUGUCAGCAUUUUGGUACAAAAACUUCAUUGCUGAACAUAAGGCUCGCUCAGGCAUAAGGCUUGGGCAUACCUAA